AUGUACCCAGAAAGUGCUGUUUGCUGUUACCAGUUUCUGCGGAGGUCAGAAGAUGCCAGAAGCUGUUAUCUUGACCCUCUGCCAGAAGCAAGAACAGAAUCUAUUGCCAGACCUUUGGAGAUAAAUGAGGCUGAGAAGAUGAUGAAAGUUGCCAUCGAUUGUGUUCUGGAACAAGUCCAAAAGACGAAAGACAUGUUGAAUAAUGUGGCUUUGGAUGAAGCCAAUUUGGAAGCCAAGAUUGAAAAACGAAAAUUGGAACUGGAAAGAAGCCAGAAGAGACUACAGACUCUACAAAGUGUUCGUCCUGCUUUUAUGGAUGAGUAUGAGAAGAUUGAGGAGCAACUGCAGAAACAAUACAGUAGUUAUCUGGAAAAAUUCCGUAACCUGACCUACAUGGAGCAGCUCCUGGAUGAUCAUCGUAGGGCAGAGCAAGAGAUGUUUGAGGAAGCAGCAAACAUGCUACAUCUUAUGCAGAACAGGCUGAAGGAAGAGGAGCAGCACCUGCUGAAGAGUGGAGAUAACGAUGAUUCCGACAUAGAGAUUCAAGAAGAUGAUGGAUCCGAUAGUAAAGUGGAAGACAGGCAGAUCAUGAAGCCCCGCACCACCGCAGAAACACUGCUGAAAGGAAGAGCUGGCACAUGGAUUGUGGGAACGAUGCAAGGUGGAGACACGGAGGAAGAUGGGGGAUCUGCCCCAGCACGGCCAGGCACGCGCAAGACCAUCACUGAGGCACAGGAGGACUCAGGGGAUAGUGAGAUUGACCUGGAUGAAGACGAGGAGGAGGAUGAUAUGGAAGAUGACAGCGUGGAAAUCUCCCCAAACAAAUCCGGUCACCGAGCAAGGAAGCCAGAGCCGCUAGAGGAAAGUGAUAAUGACUUCUGA